AUGAAAAUCUAAACUGUAUUUAUAUUAUAUAUAAACUUUGUUGUAGUUGCUAUUAUAGCGUCACUUCUUACAAUUGAAUAAAAACUAAAUUUUGAACUAGACGAAAACGUAAUAGUAUUAACAGAUAAAAACUUUAAAUUAGUAUUAAAACAAUAUAACAAUAUAUUAGUUGAAUUCUACGCUCCUUGGUGUGGUCAUUGUAAAUAAUUAGCUCCAGAAUACGCAAAAGCUGCCACUAUUUUAAAAGACAGUAAAUCUAAUGUAGCUUUAGGAAAAUUAGAUGCUACAGAAUAAAAAUAGGUUGCUUCUUAAUUUAAAAUCUAAGGUUUUCCUACUUUAAAAUUCUUCAGAAACGGCAAUCCUUCCGAAUAUACAGGAGGAAGAACAUCUUCUGAAAUUCUUGAAUGGAUAGAAAAAAAAACAGGCCCAUCUUCUCAUUUAUUGACAUCAAAAUAAGAGUUAGAAGAAUAUAAAUAAGAUAAUGAUGUAAUUUUUGCUUAUUUCGGUUUAUCUGAAAAUGAUAAAGAAUUUUAAGAAUUUUAAAGUUUAGGACAUGACUAUGAUCAUAUAAAAUUCGUUCAUAUUUUCAAUUAAGAAGUCUUAGAUUAAUUAAAUAUCUAAAAAGGAAAACCUGCAUUAAGAUUAUAUAAGAAUUUCGAUGAGAAAUUAAAUGAAUAUCAAAAUGAAGUCACAGUUGAUAAAAUUAAAAAGUUUUUGGAAGAAUUCUCUCAUCCUUUAGUUAUGCCUUGGGGAGAUGCUGCUAGUAGUAAAAUCUAUUCUAAUAAAAAUACUGGAGUUCUUCUAUUCCAUGAACCAAAUGAUGAAGAAUCAAUUAAAUUAUUAUAAGAAAUAGCUAAAAUAAGAAAAAUUAAAGAAAGUAUUAUCUUUUCUUCUAUAAAUAGCUAAAACUCCAAUUAUAGUAAAUUAUAAGAAAGUAUAGGAGCCUCCAGUUUAUCUUAUCCAGCUUUAUUUAUAUUAGAUUCUAAAAACGAGGCUAAUUAUUUAAUGGAAGUUGAAUUUAAUGAAAAAAAUAUUAAUAGAUUUAUAAACUAAUUCAAAAGUAAAAAACUUACCAAAUACAUAAAAUCACUCCCUAUUCCAGAAAAUAAUCCAAAUGAAGCUGUUCUUAAUAUUGUUAGGAAAAAUUAUGACUCAGUAGUCAAAAAUAGCAAAUAAGAUUUAUUUGUGAUGUAUUAUGCUACUUGGUGUGGACAUUGUAAUUAAUAUAAACCUAAAUUAGAAGCUUUGGCUUAAAAAUUUAAAGUCAAUCCUAAUGUUAUUUUCGGAAAAUAUGAUGCAGUUAAUAAUGCUGUUGAGGAUGUCUAAAUUAGUGGAUAUCCGACUAUCUUUUUCUUUAAGAAUGGAAGUAAAAGUUAGCCUAUUAAAUAUGAAGGAAAUAGGGAUGAAAAUGAUGUUAUUUAAUUUAUUAAAUAACAUACAUCUUAUCCUUGGGUUGAUAUUUUACAUGAAGAAUGAUUUAUUUUAUAUUUAGUUUAUUUUUU